UGUGGUAAGGUGAGAGACAUGGAGAGAGCCGUGGUGAAAGCAAAGCGUAAAGAGUUAGGGAUUUCAUGCAUGCUUAACACAGAGGUUGGUGCAGUCCUUGCUGUCAUCCGUAGACCCAUCUCAGAAAGUUACCUGUCUCCACAAGAAACAGAUCAUUGUGAUUCAUCAGUCCAACAAUCUCUCAAAUCUCUGAGAGCCCUUAUCUUCAACCCUCAGCAAGAAUGGCGCACCAUAGAUCCUUCGGUUUACCUCUCGCCUUUCCUUGAAGUCAUUCAAAGCGAUGAGAUCCCCGCAAGUGCCACAGCGGUGGCUUUGUCCUCAAUCUUGAAGAUUCUUAAGAUUGAAAUCUUUGAUGAGAAAAGUCCUGGUGCUAAAGAUGCUAUGAACUCUAUUGUCUCUGGGAUCACUAGUUGUCGUUUGGAGAAAACAGAUUCCAUAUCUGAAGAUGCAGUGAUGAUGAGGAUCCUUCAAGUUCUAACCGGAGUCAUGAAACAUCCAGCCUCGGAGUUACUAGAAGAUCAAGCGGUUUGCACAAUAGUCAACACAUGUUUCCAAGUGGUGCAACAAUCUGCUGGUAGAGGAGAUCUUCUCCAGCGUAAUGGAAGAUACACAAUGCAUGAGCUGAUUCAAAUCAUCUUCUCUAGGUUACCUGACUUUGAAGUCAGAGGAGAAGAAGGUGGUGAAGAUUCAGAGUCUGACACCGAUGAAAUCGACAUGAACAGCGGAUAUGGAAUACGCUGUUGCAUCGACAUUUUUCAUUUCUUAUGUUCUUUGCUCAAUGUUGUUGAGGUUGUCGAGAACUCGGAAGGGACAAGCGUCCACACCGCGGACGAGGAUGUGCAGAUUUUCGCUUUGGUCUUAAUCAAUAGUGCCAUUGAGUUAAGCGGUGAUGCUAUAGGGCAACAUCCAAAGCUUCUUAGGAUGGUUCAAGACGAUUUGUUUCACCAUUUGAUCCAUUAUGGAGCUUCUUCAAGCCCUCUUGUCCUCUCUAUGAUCUCUAGUUGUAUCCUUAACAUCUAUCACUUCCUCCGCAAGUUUGUGAGGCUACAACUUGAAGCUUUCUUCUCCUUUGUGCUGCUCAAAGUUACAGCUUUCACAGGCUUCCUUCAGUUACAAGAAGUUGCACUUGAAGGGAUAAUCAAUUUUUGUAGACAACCUGCGUUCAUAGUUGAAGCAUAUGUGAACUAUGAUUGUGAUCCCAUAUGUAGGAAUGUUUUUGAAGAGACAGGCAAAGUUCUAUGCAGACACACCUUCCCUACAUCUGGUCCCUUAACCUCUAUGCAAAUCCAAGCCUUUGAAGGUCUUGUGAUCUUGAUUCACAACAUCGCCGACAAUAUGGAUAGAGAAGAAGAUGAAGGUGGUGAGGAAGAAGAUUCCAAUUCCAUUAAGCCAAGCCCUGUUGAGAUUAACGAGUACAUACCUUUUUGGAUAGAGAAGCCAAAAGAGGAUUUUGAGACAUGGGUGGAGCAUAUAAGAGUGAGGAAAGCUCAGAAGAGGAAGCUAGCAAUAGCUGCUAACCAUUUCAAUAGAGAUGAGAAAAAGGGUUUGGAGUAUUUGAAGUAUAACCACUUAGUCUCUGACCCUCCUGAUCCAAUGGCAUUAGCUUCUUUCUUCAGAUUCACACCAGGUUUGGACAAGACAAUGAUUGGAGAUUACCUUGGAGAUCCUGAUGAGUUACAUCUCAGUGUUCUCAAAAGCUUUACACACACGUUUGAGUUCACAGGCAUGAAUCUUGAUACUGCUUUAAGAACAUUCUUGGAGUCCUUUCGGCUACCAGGAGAGUCUCAAAAGAUUGAACGUAUGAUUGAAGCUUUCUCCGAGAGGUUCUAUAAUCAACAGUCUUCAGAGAUCUUUGCAAGUAAAGACACGGUUCAUAUCCUCUGCUACUCGCUUAUCAUGCUCAACACAGAUCAACACAACCCUCAGGUUAAGAAGAAAAUGACUGAAGACGAGUUCAUCCGCAACAACAGAGCAAUCAACGCUGGAAAAGACCUUCCAAGAGAGUACCUAUCAGAGCUAUUCCAAUCCAUUUCAACAAACGCAUUCGCUUUAUCGACACACUCAGGUCCGGUGGAGAUGAACCCAAACAGAUGGAUUGAGCUGAUGAACAGAACAAGGACCACACAGCCUUUGAGCAUGUGCCAGUUUGAUCGGCGAAUAGGAAGAGACAUGUUUGCAACCAUAGCAGGUCCAUCUAUAGCUGCUGUUUCCGCCUUCUUUGAGCAUUCGGAUGACGACGAAGUGCUUCACGAGUGCGUCGACGCACUGAUCUCUAUAGCAAGAGUUGCGCAGUACGGUCUUGAAGACAUUCUCGACGAGCUAAUCGCCUCCUUUUGUAAAUUCACAACGUUGUUAAACCCUUACACAACACCUGAAGAGACACUCUUCGCGUUUAGUCACGACAUGAAACCUAGAAUGGCUACUCUCGCGGUCUUCACGCUCGCUAACAGCUUCGGAGAUUCCAUCAGAGGAGGGUGGAGGAACAUUGUGGACUGUCUCUUGAAGCUAAGAAAGCUCCAGCUUCUUCCGCAGUCUGCUAUAGAGUUCGAGACGACAGAAGAAGAAGCCUUAUCCGAAUCUGACCUAAACAUGCUUGCGAGCCAAGAAAAUAAAUUCAACAGAAGACAAGGCUCUAGCCUAAUGGGUAGAUUCUCACACUUCUUGGCGUUAGACAGCGUUGAAGAAUCCGUAGCUCUAGGGAUGAGUGAGUUUGAGCAGAAUCUUAAAGUCAUUAAACAAUGUAGAAUCGGUCAAAUCUUCAGCAAAAGCUCGGUGCUCCCUGACGUUGCUGUGCUGAACCUAGGACGUUCUUUAAUCUACGCAGCUGCAGGAAAGGGACAAAAGUUCAGCACGGCGAUCGAGGAAGAAGAGACGGUUAAAUUCUGCUGGGACUUGAUCAUAGCUGUGGCAUUAUCCAACAUCCACCGGUUCAACAUGUUCUGGCCUAGCUACCAUGAGUAUCUACUCAACGUAGCUAACUUCCCUCUCUUCUCCCCCAUCCCUUUCGUCGAAAAAGGCAUCCCGGGCUUGUUUAAAGUCUGCAUCAAGAUUCUCGCUGCUAACCUCCAAGACCAGCUCCCAGAGGAGCUGAUCUUCAGGUCGAUAACGAUAAUGUGGAAGAUAGAUAAAGAGAUUAUCGACACUUGUUACGACACGAUAACAGAGUUUGUCAGCAGGAUUAUCACGGAACAUUCCGCUAGUCUCCAAACUCAGAUCGGGUGGAAAAGCGUCUUGCAGCUGCUCUCUUUGUGCGGGAGACAUCCAGAGACCAAGGAGCAAGCUGUUGACGCUCUCAUCGGUCUAAUGUCCACCAACGCAUCGCACCUCUCGCAGUCAAGCUAUGCUUACUGCAUAGACUGCUCCUUCAGCUUCGUCGCGUUGCGAAACAGCGCGGUUGAGAAGAACUUGACGAUACUAGACCUCAUGACGGAGUCAGUUACAAUGCUGAUACAAUGGUACAAGACAGCAUCCACAGAGACGGUGAAUAACUUCAGCGUGGCUAGCAACACGAGCAGCUCAUCCUCAGUGGAGGAGAACAGUUUGAGAGGAGUCAACUUCGUUCACCACCUCUUCCUCAAACUCUCCGAAGCUUUUCGAAAAACGACGCUAGCGCGACGAGAAGAGAUACGCAACAGAGCGGUGACGUCGCUAGAGAGAAGCUUCACCAUGGCGCACGAGGAUCUCGGGUUCACGCCGUCGGGUUGCAUCUACUGCAUAGACCACGUGAUCUUCCCGACGAUAGAUGACUUGCACGAGAAGCUACUGGACUAUUCGAGGCGCGAGAGCGCGGAGAGGGAGAUGAGGAGCAUGGAAGGGACGUUGAAGAUAGCGAUGAAGAUGCUGAAGAACGUGUUCUUGCACUACUUGGAGCAGAUUGUUGGGAGUGUGGAGUUUAGGACGUUUUGGUUGGGGGUGUUGAGGAGGAUGGACACGUGUAUGAAGGCGGAUUUGGGGGAGUAUGGUGAUAAUAAGCUUCAGGAGGUGGUGCCUGAGCUUUUGACUAUAAUGAUUGGGACGAUGAAGGAGAAGGAGAUUUUGGUGCAGAAGGAGGAUGAUGAUCUUUGGGAGAUUACUUAUAUUCAGAUUCAGUGGAUUGCUCCUUCUUUAAAAGAUGAGUUAUUCCCUGAUGAAGAUAUGUAGAUUUUUUUUGUUUUCUUUCAUUGUUAAUUGAUGCACUUAAUAAAAAUUUAG